AUGUCUCUGCCACUCACCAAGCCUGUUCUCCCAAAUUUCAAGUGGCCCGAGAAUGCUGUGGUAGAGAGCUCAUAUAUUUCUGUUCUUGAAGCAGAAUCUUCCGCUGUCAAUUCGUACAAUAUGUCCAAGAACGAAGCCAGCCGACAGCUCAACGCAGCCAAUAUCGUGAAUGCCCGCGUUGUUGGUUUUCUCUAUCAACAGUUUUUCGAGCUGCGUGAGACUGCUCUUGGCAACAAGCCUCUUACCCAAGUCCACAAGGAAGUCGUCUCCUCCCCAGAUGAGACGGCAAUUUAUGCGCAUGGCCAACGCUAUGUUGACCAUCUAAUAUGCCCGUUUCGCACGAAGAGCAAAGAAGGAAUCGCGUCCAGCCACUCCUCCCGCGCUUCCUCUGAUCACGCUGGCGAUGCACACGAUGUCGAAUUGCAAACUGGUGCUCGCUCAUCUCCAAGAACUCGAGCGCUUGCACGCGACUACUAUAGAUGCGCGGUGACGGGCAUCUAUGAUAACAAGUCACUCAAGACCAGAGAGAAGCUCAGUAUGCAACUGAAAAGUAGCGAAGAGAACUACUACCGGAACCUGGUGGAAACUUGCCAUAUCCUGAACAAUUCACUCUUCGAAAAUGUUGAACCCAGCAGCAUCAGAGAAAACAACGAAGCGACUGCCUUGCGUAUUCUUCGUGACUUCGGCAUGGAGACGCUCGUGGAUAGUCUGCUCCGUACAGCCAAUAAGGCAGCGAGCGAAACAAGGUCCUCAAACCUUUGCAAUAUCAUCUCGCUUACUUCCAAUGUUCACCACCUCUUCGGUGAACUUCAAAUGACUUUUCAACCAGUCAAAGGCGAGGAGGACACCUAUCUUGUCAAGUUCAUGGGGGAUGGACGUCAACGUACUGCUGAGAUGAUAAACGAGAAAAUCAUCUUCCGAAACUGGGCUCCUAUCCACCGAAUCGCUGAGGCGCGGACAGAUCUUCCUUUGCCGGACGCUCGCCUCCUCAUUCUGCAUUGCGCCUGCGCCCAUGUCGCCUACUUAUCAGGUGCAGGGGAACUACUAGAUGAUAUACUUAAUCACGACGACUACAAGGACAUCGGUGUUUUGGCAGAGGAUGGUGGAUCCAUGGACGUGCUUCGUGCCGCCCUGACUCCACUCGCGGCAAUACGAGCCUAA